AUGCUCAAGUACCACAUCCAGGCGCUGCACGGGCAGAUGAUCACGUACCCGUGUCCGCACUGCAAAGACCUGUACAUGAUCCCGGACAAGCUGAGCGCGCAUCUGCGCCUGCACGGGCCGCGCCUCUACAAGUGCAAGUACUGCAUCUACAACCACUACCAGCGUAGCCUGGUGACACGUCACGUGCGCGACAAGCACCCCAUGCUGCCGCUAGUGGACGUGGUGGUGCGCGAGCCGGACGACGACGAGGCGUCGCGGCCGCUCUUCAAGCCGUGGCGCUGCGGGCUCUGCAAAUACCAGGCGCUCUCGCAGCCGGAGGUGGUGGAGCACGCAGCCAGCGUGCACGACCUGCGCAGCCAGUUCAAGUGCGGCCUGUGCAGCGUACGCAGCUCGGUGCGCUCCGCCUUGGACCUGCACUUCGCUGCCAAGCACCCGAGCGAGGCGGUGAACGUGUUCGCCAUCUACUACCGGCUGGACGAGGUGGACGCCGAGGCAGCCGUCAAGGUGGAGCACUGCCAGCCGAUCUGGACGCGCCACAACCCGCGCCGCAUCCGUCAUGUGCGUGGCAUCCUCAUCGAGGAAGUGAAGGACGAACAGGAAGAGGAGAGGGAGGAGACUGAGGAGACGAAGGAGGGAAAGGAGACUGAGAAGGUGAAGGAGUCGAAGGAGUCGCCGGCCGCCGGUUGCGUGAAGGCCGAGGGGGCGCCGCACGCCGCCACCGAGGACGAGUUCCUCUCGCUGUACGAGACCAAGUCGUGCGAGCUCGGACCCACGGGCGAUGCCGAGGGAAAGCAGUUCGUGUGUCCGAAGUGCACCAAGUACAAGACGAAGCGGAAGAUGGACUUCGCCAGGCACCUCCACAAGGAGCUAGGGUAUAAUCGCUUCGUGUGCGGAAACUGCGGCCACAUGAACACGAACCUGCCCAACAUGAAGCGGCACCAUGAGAUGGCGCACAAGACGGCGCGCCUGCCCGAGGCGAUCGUGCCACUGACGCCCGACUCGGCCAUAGAGCAGUGGAUUCAGUCGGUGUUGGACCACCAGGAGCAUCAGAUCGAAGGCACUGCUCCGAGCGACCAGCCGACAGAAGAGCCCAAGCUGGAGGCCAAGUCGGAGCCGGAGUCCAAGGCGGAGUCCAAGCUGGAGCCCAAGCCGGAGCCGGGGUCGGUGUCCGCCAGCCCGGCCGACACGUCCAAGACGCAGCCGGUGUACAAGUGCUCGUACUGCUCGGAGCGGGGCACCAUCCCCGUGCUGCGUGGGCACUGGAAGACGCUGCACAGCCACCUGCGCUUCAAGGUGAUACGCCAGGCGCGCCGCUACGUCUGCAAUCACUGUGACUUCCAGUCGGCAAAGAUGCCCGGCAUCCGGGCGCACAUGGCGUCGCGACACCCGGACCAGCCGGCCACCGACUUCCAGACGCGCACGCACGACCGCGAGACGCGCUUCAAGUGCGGCUGGUGCCGCGAGCGCUUCCUGACGCGCGACAAGGCCACCAGCCACCACCAGGUGUUCCAUUCGCACCUGGAGCUGAAGCUAGACACGUACGCGGCGCGCGGUCUGCCGCAGGCGGUGGGCGCGGCGCAGGCGGAGACCACGGAACCGGCGGCCAGCGCCGAGCCGGCCGCGACUGGGGACAAGCCGGCCGCCGCCGCCGCCGCCGGCGAGUCGCCGCUGCCGUCGUCCUUCAAGUGUCCGCUGUGUCCGCACACGACGAGCCGCCUGACGUACGUGGACGCUCACAUGCUGGUACACUACAAACGCUACAAGUGCCAGCGGUGCGACUUCGCUGACGGUUCACGCAGGCUGGUGGUGCGCCAUCACGCGCGCAAGCACGCCGGCGAGCCCGAGCAGGUGACGCUGCUCGAGCACCUCGACCAGGAGUAUCAGAAGAUGAAGCGCGUGGUGCGUGGCAGGGACGGGCCGCGCGUCGGGUCGCCGGCGCCCUCCGACGCGACCACAGGCAGCCGCGGCACCAAGCGCUACUCGGAGGUGACGACGCACCUGACGCUGGGCGGCGCCAGCGCCAUGCGCGUGAACGUGCCGACGCUGGCACAGAUCGUCAAGCUCUACCCGCGUAUCGCCGUGGUCGAUCUGAGGAAGAAGAAGCUUCAGUUGUGA